AUGGGGCAUGUUAGCUGGUGUGUCGCCCAAUGCAUUGCAGUUGGAGGCAAAGAGGAACGAAGAAGCAGCUGCGAGGGUGAGAGGGAGAGACUGCAGACGGUUGAGGCUGCCUACUACGGGCAUUUGAACCUAGUGGAGUACUUCAUCGAGAAGGGUGCUCCCAUCAACGUCUUGGACAAGUUUGGGCAGACACCCUUGUUCAGAGCAGUGGACGGUGGCCGGCAUGAGGUUGUAAAGUACCUCGUUGAGAAGAAAGCCGAGACGAAUUGGCUGGAUAACGACCAGUGCUCCGUGCAGCACUGCGCGGCCUUCCAAGGCUUUCCUCAGUUAUCCAGCUGGCUCGUGUACAAGGGGGCCUGGAGGCCAGCAGGGUUUUAG